AUGGUUGUCUCGACAAAUUUAAAUUCACUUUCUCUCUGUUAUCCUCACUUUACUCGUUAUCACUGCCAAUAUUUUUCGGCACGCUUCAUUAGCAUUGGACAUUUCUCCCUCCUCCUUGCCAGCACCGAAGCGUUUACCAUCCACGGACGAAACCGAUACCGCUGCCAAGCUCUCCUUUCUUUUCAUCUAGAAAUCUCCACACCCCAGUACCACGCCGUCCCUCCUUUCAUUUUAUCUCCUUACUCUCCGUAUCGCCGUUCUCAAUUUUCACUUUUCUUUUUAAACCUUUUUCAAUCUUCUUUUUUACUUCUUAUUUUAUUUACUUUCUCUUUUAUUCCCCACCCCCAUUCACCUUGCUCUCCACUUUCGCUUCUUAAUAUCUUUACUGCCCUCUUCUUAUUCGCUUUUCUCUCCGUCUUCUCUCUCUUUACACUCUCUUUUUUUCUUAAUCAGUUUACCCUUCCCUUUAUUCAUUUUAAGCUUUCUUUUAUCCGCUUUUUUAAUCUUGAUCUCUCUUUUCUCUUUUUAUCCUCUUUAUUCACCAUUUUCUUAAUCUUCUUCACAUUAAUAUCUUCUUUUUCUCCUUACUCUCCCUUUUAUUCUCCUUGUUCUCCAGUUUAUUCUUCUUACUCUCUUUUUCUUAUACUUACUCUCCUGUUCUUAUACUUACUCUCCACUUACUCUCUCUUUUCUUAUUAUAUAAUUUACUCUCCCCUUAUUCUCUUCCUUUUCCUCUCUUUAUUUAACUUUUACCUUGAAUCUUUUCCUUCUUCUUACUCUCAUAUUUCUCCUACCAUUCGCCCCCCUCCCCUUUUCCUAGUUAUUCUUCUGAUUCUUUCGUUAUCUUUCUCUUUGCUUAUCUGUCACUUUUCUUUCUGUUUCCUUCACUAUUCUUGCUCUUCUUUUACCGCUAUCGCUUUUCUCUUACGUCACUUUCCUUUUUCUUUUGUUCUCGUUCAUUCUACCUUUAUCUUUUCUAUCUAUUGUUUCUAUCUUUACUCUCUGUAUCAUCUUUGCGCUCCCUUGCUUUUAUUUUUAGUUUUACCCUCCCUUCUUUUAUCUUCCUUUCUCGUCUCUUCCCUGGCUUCCUCCUGUCCAGCGCGUUCAAACUUUUCUCCUUACUCCAUUUUUCAUUAUGUGUUCUUCUCUUCUCUCAUUCUCUCCUCAUUUUGCAUCUUUCUGCCUUUCUCUCUCUCUCUCUCUCUCUCUCUCUCUCUCUCUCUCUUAUACCUCUUCACAUUAUCAGCAAAUCUCAUUUACCUGAUUUUCUUUUGCUCUCUCCUUUUCCGUUGA